AUGAACAAAACUCGAGAGAUAACUCCUUCUUCUUCCUCCUCCUCCUAUUCUAACCACGUUCGCAAUGGCGUAUCUUCACCGCUUCAGAGCUUCCCUUUAGCGGUUCUUCUACUGUGCUCUAUUUUCGCCAUUGUUGAAGCUGCUUCUUCUUCUUAUGGAGGUGACACGUGUCCUCCUUCUUCAUCUUCUUCCUUUCCUUCGCAUUGUCCUCCCUUCAAUUCAUCUCCUCCAUUCCCAUUCUCUUCUUCGCCGGGUUGUGGCCACCCGAACUUCCAGAUCCAUUGCGUGUCUCCACGCGCCACCGUCUCCAUCAAUAACCUCUCUUUCUCUCUUCUUCGCUACGACGCCGUUUCCAACACUCUCCUUCUCUCUCCUGUGUCUCCUCCGCCUCAUAGCCCGAACCGGAGCAGCUGCUCUUCUCACCGGUUCACCUCCGUACCGGACCGGGUCAUCGAUCUCACCGGCUCCCCGUUCCGAGUCUCCGACUCUUCCUGCUCCCGUCUCUCGCUUCUCCGACCGUGCUCGCGGUUGAUUCUCCCGAAAUGUAGCCAUUGUCCUUGGGACUGCAAGCUCUUGGAGAAUCCCGGUCUGAUCCUCCAGGGGUGCGAACACGCCAGCGGGUCGUCGUCAUUGUCCGAACAAGGAUGUCAGGGAGAUAUCUUUGGGUUUCUGGAUGAUUUUUUCUCCAGAUUUGGGUUUGAAGUCGAAUGGGACGAAUCUCAGGACCCGUAUUUCGUGAAAUGCAGAGCUUGCAGGGCCAAGAAUGGAGUUUGCGGGUUCAAUUCAUCCGACCCAGACAAGGGCUUCCUCUGUUUUCAAGCAAGAUCCGAACUUUCACCGAUCUGGGUUUCUCGUGACAAACGAGUCGAUCAUGUCGCAGUGUUGUGUUUGAUCUUUGCGCUGACAUGCCUGCUGAUGGCCAUUUCUGUCAGCAUUGCGAUUUUCCGAUCACGGAGUUCGAGUUUGUCCUCCGCAAACGAAGAAGACCCGGCGGCUCUGUUCCUCCGCCGCCAUCGCUUCGCCAGUCUCCUCCCUCCGGUCUUCACCUACGAAGAGCUCGAAUCGGCCACCAACAAGUUCGACCCGAAGCGCAAGAUCGGAGACGGCGGGUUCGGGUCGGUUUACUUGGGUCACCUCCACGAUGGCCAACUCGUUGCCGUGAAACACCUCCACCACCAUGGAAAGGCCUUCUCCAUGAAAUCCUUCUGCAACGAGAUCCUGAUCCUCUCCUCCAUCAAUCACCCGAAUCUCGUCAAGCUCCAUGGUUACUGCUCUGACCCGAGAGGUCUCCUUCUCGUCUACGAUUACGUCCCCAACGGCACACUCGCCGACCAUCUCCACGGCCGGACAGGUUUAUGCCGGAAAAUGACGCUGACGUGGCAACUCCGCCUCGACAUCGCUCUGCAAACGGCUCUGGCUUUGGAGUAUCUUCACUUCGCCGUCGCUCCUCCGGUGGUUCAUAGAGACAUCACGUCGUCGAACAUAUUCGUGGAGAAGGACAUGAUGAUCAAAGUCGGAGACUUUGGGUUGUCUAGGGUUAUGGCCUUGUCGGAGACGACGGUGGCCACGUCAGCAUCGUCAUCGGAUUACGUGUGCACGGGCCCACAGGGGACGCCGGGAUACUUGGACCCUGACUACCACCGGUCGUUCCGGUUAACGGAGAAAAGCGACGUGUACAGCUACGGCGUCGUAUUGAUGGAGCUGAUGACGGGGAUGAAGGCGGUGGACCAAUGCCGUGAGAAGCCGGAGAUGGCGCUGGCGGAUCUUGUCGUGUCAAAGAUCCAAAUGGGUCUUCUCGACCAGGUUGUCGACCCACUUCUUGUUCAGAUGUCCGACGGCAACGGUGGCGGAGUUGCGGCGGUGGCGGAGCUGGCUUUCCGGUGCGUGGCGGCAGACAAGGACGACCGUCCCGACUCGAGGGAGAUUGUGGCGCAGCUGAGGAGGAUUGUGAGCCGUACACGUGGUGAUGACGUGGCGAAAGGUUGACAGUUUGAUUAGAUUUUGGACGAUGAUGUGAUAGGGAGGGUGACGUCAUGCUUGGCCACACGUGGAAACUCUGAUAGUACUGAAACUGAGACAGAGUCGGAUGUUUUAAUCGUGAAGGAUGGCAAAAGUUUCAGACACCGUUUUCAAUACAGAAUAUCUUGUCUUCGACAACCAUGAAAAUUAUUUUUAUUUUUGUAUAAGUGUAUUUCUCCUUAUUAUAUAAUAAUAAUAUACCAUCUAGGAAUGAUA